AUGAUGAGCGGCGUCGUCGGCGGCGCGCCCGGCGUCGACGGCGUCGGCGCGUCCGCCGCCGCCGCCCCCGGCCCGCCCCUCGACGCGACGUCGACGAUCCCGCUGCUCUUCUCGCAGCACGUGAGCGACCUGCACGUGGCCCUGGGCCGCCUCCAGUACACCAAGGCGAAGCACUGCUCCGAGCGGAGCGGCUGGGAGAGCACGAACGCGCAGACCGUGCUCGCCUUCGAGGACGCGCUGCGCGUCCUCGACCGGGAGCGCGACGAGCUCGUCGCGGAGGUCGACUACCACCACUCCACGUGCCGGUCGGAGCUCGAGGCGGCGCGCGACCGCUGCGCGGCCGAGGCGGGCGCCGCGGCGGUCCUCGCGGACAUCGACCGCCAGUGCCGGCUCCUCGACGACGUCGCCGAGGCCGUGCAGCGCGCCAUGCGCGCCCACAACCGCGAGGCCCUCGUCGCGCACUUCCCGAAAUUGCUGCGCCGCUGCGACGACGUGCUCUUCGACAGCCACCGCCUGAGCGAGAAGGCCACGGACGCGCCGCGGCUCGCCCUCGACGACGUCGGCAAGCUCCGGAGCCUGCGGGACCGCGUCACGUCCGCCCUCGGCCAGGGCCGCCGCGGUGCGGCGGCCGCGCCGCCCGCCGCGGCGCCCGCGCCCGCCGCGGCCGCGACGCCGCGCGCGGCCGUCGUCGGCGCGGAGACGGGCGUCCUGUCGCGGCGCCUCGCGGACCUCGACCGCACGCUCGCCGCCGAGGGCUGGCAGGACCGCGCGGCGCAGCCGCGCGCGGGCCGGAGCCCCGCGGCCCGCCGCGGCGACGAGAGCGACGAGAGCGAGCCGGACGUCGGCAGCCACCGCGCGAGCGCCGUGGCGCGCACGACCCAGGGCGGGAAUAUCCACGCGUUCCAGAGAGAGGAUGUUUCCGACCGCUCGUCCGAAACGAGAGACGCGCCUCGCUCGUCGGAAACUCGGCAAAAAAAGAAGUGCGCGCCAGGCAUGCUCGAGUCCAUGCGCGACGAGGUCCACGCCAUGAACGACCACCUCGAGGGCGCCGCGUACGUGCCUGCGGCGCCGCGGCCGCCGCGGCCGCCGCCGCCCCCCGACCUGGACCCGGACGCGGAGGCGGACCGGGCCCUCCGCGAGGCGGACCGGGCGCUCGAGUCGGACCGGGCCCUCCGCGAGGCGGACCGGGCCCUGCGGCGCGCGCCGGCGGCGACGCCCGAGCCGCCGCGCCGCGGCGGGAGCCCGCCGGAAUCGCGCGCGACGCUCGACGCGGCCGCGCGCGCGGCGACGCUCGGCGCGGCGGCCUUCGGCGCGGCCUGCGCCGGCGCGGCCUGGGGCGGCGCCGCCGCGCGCGGGCCCGCCGCCGCGGAGACGCCGCCGCCGCGCGCGCCGCCGGACGCGGUCCGCGACGCCGCGGCGCCGCCGCCGCCGCGCGUCGACGCGAGCGACCGCUACGCGGACCUCCUCACGUCGAGCCUCCAGCGCGUGUCCCUCGACUCGGAGCGGGCGCACCGCGACGCCGCCCUCGCCGCCGUCGCCCAGGACCGCGCGGCGGGCGCCGUCCCCGUCUUCCGCAGCGUCGAGGAGUCCGCGCGCGCCUUCGACGAGCUCACGAGGCGCGGCGCGCCCUACGACCCGGGCCCGCGCCCCGACGACCGCUUCGCCGCGCCCGCGCCCUACCCCUACUGA